AUGGUUAAUCCAAUCGAAAUACCGUUAAAGGACUCUGAUGAGGUAUGUAUUAUAUGUAAAUUUACUAAAAUUAAUAUUAGGUACCGUUGUAUAUGUAUAUUUUCUUAGAUAUUUCGGCACAUAUUUUAAAAUUUGUUGAUGUUAAUAGUUUUUUUUAAUCAAGUUGAACUACUUUUAAUGUCGACCCAGUUUUUAAUCAAUUAUGUCUAUUGAAAAUGAAUAAUUAGAAUAACUAUAAUACUAUACUAUAAAUAAGUGUAGGUAGAUAUUAAGGAAAAAACGGAUCUAGAACAUUAUUUUCAAACAUUAUUCACAGAUACUUAGGUAAUGGACAAUGUACAAUGACAAUUUAAGAAUACAAUUUUUAUUAUUCCUACAAUUUUUAAAUUUCUAAAAUUAAAUUAAAUUACAAAUUAUCAAAAAUUUAAAAACUUAAUAGUAGGCAAUAGUUGAAUAUUGAAAGUAUUGAAAAUAUAAAUAUGUAUUUAUUUAAUUUACUAUAUUAUUGUAUUCUAUUGGUAACUUAAUGAUAACUUAAAUUUAUAAUUGUAAAAUAAAAUAUACAAAUUUCAUUCUUAAAUUUUCAGUGUACAUUGUCCAUUACCUAAGUUUGACAUUAAUACAAAUAAAAUAAAAUAUUGCUAGAAUAGAUAUUGGUUUUGAAUGUAAUGAUUUCGUACUGAAUUAAAACUUAAAACUUUUACUGUACAUUGACUAGUUAAUUUUUGCCCCAAGGAUUUUGUAGUAUUUUAUUAUAUGUUUGACUGAAUAACAAUAGCUGCUUUGUGUUCUACCAGUUUAAAAAAAGUGUAAUCAAACUAUUAUUUUUUUUUUAAAUUUAUGUAUACAAUAGAAGUUGACACUUAUAACCUAUAAUCGUCUGAAGAAUUUGUUUCUUGAUAUUUGAUUUUAUUUAUUUAUCGUUAUUAAAAAAAAAUUAAAGGUAAACCAUAAAUACAUUACAAGUUUACCAAUACCUAACCAAUACUUAGUUGAAUUUCUAGGUCUUCUAACAUUAUAGAAUGAGAAAUUUGUAUUAAUUUUUCAUUCUAUGGCCAUCUUAAUACUAGGUAUUUACUAUUAUUAAAAUUAUUUAUAUCAUCCAGUAAAUAAAUUAAUGUAAAUAAAUACAAAAAUAACUAUCUAUGGCUUAUCAAAAAUACAAAAUUACACUAUUUGAAAAUAAAAUUAAAAUUAGUGACUAAAGUUGGAAUAAUAGCCAUAAGCAACUCCACUCUAUAUUGAAAUAUAGUGAGUAUUUCAAUAAAAACCAAAUUUAUUUAUUUUCAGGUUAUUGAAAUUCAACUUGAUAAACUGCCAGAAUAUGAAGAGGUUCUUGGUAUUUUAAAAUCAGAACAUUCAAAUUUACAUAUAUGGGUUAAUUUAGCUGUAUGUACUAUUUUUUAGUAUUAUAUUAAACAUAAACAUGACUGUAGAAUAAUUUUUCCUUUCAAAUUAUUUAGUUGGAAUAUUACAAAAGAGGUAAUCCAGCUGCCUUAGUUAGAUUGUUGGAGUCGUCACGCAGUAAUGCUAGUUUAGAGUAUAAAGAUAGUGAUAAGGAUCAAAUGAGGGCUUUAGAUAUGUUAGCAGCAUAUUAUGUCCAAACAGCUAACCGAGAAAAGAGUAAAGACAAACGCCGGGAACUUUUUACUAAGGCUACACAGUUAUAUACAACAGCAGAUAAAAUUAUUAUGUAUGACACAGUAAGUACAUGAUUCUUUUCAAUGUUUUCAAUAUUUAUCUGAACAUUUUGUAAAUUUGACAGAAUCAUUUAUUGGGCCGAGCUUUCUUCUGCUUAUUAGAAGGUGAUAAAAUUGAACAGGCUGAUGCUCAAUUCAACUUUGUAUUGAAUCAAUCAUCUAAUAACAUACCAGCUCAAUUAGGCAAAGCGUGUAUUGCAUACAAUAGGAAGGACUACAGAGGUGCUCUUGCAUAUUAUAAAAAGGCCCUGCGCUCUAAUCCUCAGUGUCCUGCUGAUGUUCGACUGGGCAUGGCACAUUGUUUUUUAAAACUAGGAAACAAUGAAAAAGCACGACUAGCAUUUGAACGUGCUUUACAGUUGGACUCUAAGUGUGUGGGUGCAUUAGUUGGUCUUGCCAUUAUGAAAUUAAAUGGUGAAAAUCCUGGGGACAUUAAACUAGGUGUAAAUAUGUUAUCAAAAGCAUACACUAUUGAUACAACUAAUCCAAUGGUCUUAAAUCAUUUGUCCAAUCAUUUUUUUUUUAAAAAAGAUUACACUAAAUCUGAGCUACUUGCUAGACAUGCAUUACAAAACACUGAGAAUGAAGCUAUGAGGGCUGAAAGUUGUUAUCAAAUGGCCAGAGCUUUUCAUGUGCAGGUAAUAGUCUUUUUUUAUUACUUUGUAUCAUAAUUUUAAUUUUCCUGUUAAAACUUAGGGUAAUUAUGACCAAGCAUUUCAAUAUUAUUAUCAAGCUACUCAGUUUGCGCCAGUUACAUUUGUACUUCCUCAUUAUGGUCUUGGUCAAAUGUACAUUUAUGGAGGUGACAUGGAAAAUGUAAUAUUCAAAACUUAUUUUUUUUAAAAAUUAAAAUACAAUAAUAUUUACAUGGUUUUGUGUUUGGAAUUAAUUUAGGCAGCCCAAUGUUUUGAAAAAGUUCUUAAAGCUCAACCUGGAAAUUAUGAAGCUAUGAAAAUCCUUGGAUCAUUGUAUGCAGAUUCAAAAAAUCAACAAAAACGGGAUAUUGCAAAAAGUCAUUUAAAAAAAGUACUUUAUUUGAUUAUUUUCUAAAUUUUAUUCAUCUUUCUAAUACUUAUAUUUUAGGUGACUGAACAUUUCCCUGAAGACGUAGAAGCUUGGGUUGAACUCGCUCAAAUUUUGGAACAGUCAGAUUUAUCAGGGUCAUUAUCCGCAUAUGGUAAAGCUAUGGAUUUGAUGGGCAACAGCGAAAAUAAUUAUAUUCCACCUGAAAUACUUAAUAAUGUUGCUGCAUUAAAUUAUAGGUACUUAUUAUUUUAAACAUUUUUUUUUUUUUAACAAAUUAAAUCAUUAUUUACAAUUGAAGACUUGCAAAUUUGGAUGAAUCUCGUUCUAAACUUGAAGAUUCUUUGACUUUAUCAAAGAAAAUGGUUGAAGCUGAUCCACAACAUUAUAAUUCUAUAGCAGUAACAACGACUUACAAUUUGGCUAGAAUAUUUGAAGCACAGUGUCAAUUUCAGAAGGCCGAAAUAUUUUACAAAGACAUCCUCAAGGAGCAUCCUAAUUACAUUGAUUGUAUACUCCUUUAUUGAUAAAAUUUAAUGUUAUUAAACUGUUAUAACAUUGUAUUGUAUAUUACAGGUUAUUUGCGUUUGGGUUGUAUGGCUAGAGACAGGAACCAGAUUUAUGAAGCUUCUGACUGGUUUAAAGAAGCUCUGCGUAUUGAUAAUGAACAUCCUGAUGCCUGGUCAUUACUUGGUAAUUUACAUUUAGCCAAAAUGGAAUGGGGCCCUGGUCAAAAAAAAUUUGAACGUGUAUUAAAAGUAUGUAAUACAAUCUUGUUAUGCUGGUGCAUAGUAAUUUUUUUGUAUGUUUUUAUUAAGAACCCGUCAACGUUAAAUGAUUCUUAUUCGUUAAUUGCUCUGGGAAACGUUUGGCUGCAAACUCUUCAUCAACCGACUAGAAACAAGGAUCAAGAAAAAAGGCACCAAGAUUUAGCUUUACAGUUUUUUACAAAAGUCUUAAAAAAUGACCCCAGAAAUAUUUGGGCAGCUAAUGGAAUUGGUUAGUAACUAUAGUGUAAUUGUACAGACAAUUUUGUUUAAAUUAUUUAUUAUGUAUAUUAUACUUGUUAUUAAUAUGUAUUAUAUAUUCAUAUUUCUUUAAAUAUAUUUUUGUCAUUUAUUUAGGUUGUGUUAUGGCUCAUAAACAUUGCAUAAAUGAAGCAAGAGAUAUAUUUGCUCAAGUAAGAGAAGCUACUGCUGAUUUUUGUGAUGUUUGGUUGAAUAUUGCACAUAUAUAUAUUGAACAAAAACAGUAUAUUAGUGCUAUUCAAAUGGUAUGUUUAAUCAUGGUGUUCUAAUUUUUAUGUAUUGUAUAUAUAUGGAUUGUUAAUUGAUGUAUAAAUAAAAUUAUAUCCUAUUUUUUAGUAUGAAAAUUGCAUGAAAAAAUUUUUCAAACAUGAUAGUGUUGAAGUCCUUCAAUACCUUGGGCGCGCAUAUUUUAAAGCAGGCAAAUUAAAAGAAGCAAAGACAGUAUUUUUAAAAGUGAGUAACAGAUAGUUUGUCUAAUUUAGAUAAAAUAUAAAAAUUCAUAUCAUACAAUAAUUCAAUUUAAUAUUAGGCCCGCAGGGUUGCUCCUCAAGACACAGUCAUCAUAUACAAUAUUGCUUUCGUGUUACAAAAAUUAGCAGCUCAAAUAUUGAAAGAUGAAAAAUCCAAUUUAAAAGAAGUACUUCAAGCUGUACAUGAACUUGGAUUGUCACAUAAGUAUGACAAGUCAACUAGUUUAAUAUAUAUUUUCCAUUAUUACUACAUAUAUAAUAUAUUUUAUAGAUAUUUUCAAUAUCUUUCCGUUCAUGGUGAUCGUAUGAGAUAUGAUGUGACUAUGGCUGAGUUGGAAGCUAAACAGUGUCAAGAUUUAUUGUCUCAAGCGCAGUACCAUGUGGCACGGGCUCGUAAAAUGGAUGAUGAUGAGCGUGAAAUGCGGCGUAAACAGGAAGAGGAACGUGAAGCACUUCGAGUUAAACAGAUAGAAGAACAGAAUAAAGCAUUGCAACGACAAGAAGAACAAAGAAAAGAAAUGUUGUUGAAACGUCAAGAGUAUAGAGAAAAAACCAAAAAUGCACUUCUAUUUGACCCUAUUCUUGAAAAACCCAAAGGUAAAGGGAAACGUCGUGAAAAUUAUGGGUCAGAUUCUGGUGGAAGCAUUGCAUCUGAUCCAGGUGGCAAUAGAAGUCCUAGACCUUCAAAAUCUAACAAAUCAAGAAAAAGGUAAAAUAUUUAUUUUAAAGUUAAAAUAAUUUUGGAAUUUAUAAUUGAUCUACAUGUUUGAAUUUUUAUAUUAUCUUAUAGUAGUCACUAAAACCAUAUCUUGGUUAGCUGAAAAUAAUUAUUAAUAUCAUUUUUAAUAUAAAACUAAUUUUUCAAUGAAUUAACAAUAGUAAUUAUAGGUAGGAGGUAGCUGUUGUACAUUACUUUAAUAGUGUUUCCCAAAAUGUAUAUCAAAAUGCAAGACUGAGCAAUCAUAAUUUAUUUAUAGACUUAUAUUUUAUACCAUUCUGGAAAAAGUUAUUUGCUAAAAAUAUUUUGUUCAAGAUAUAUUAUAAUAUUUAUUUGCUUUUUUUUUAAACGUUUAAUCAAAUAUUAUUGAUAUGCUUGUUAUUAUUAUAGUUAAUAAUUAUUUUUUAGUUAGUAGCAAAUAAAAUAGUAAAAUAUUUUCUUCAAUUAACCAGUUAUCAUUUUCAUUUUUUCCUUUUAAGUUCCAGAAUAAUAAAGCUUAUAAUAUUUUUACAAAAUGAAAUUUCAACCUUAUUCUUCAAAUAUUAUGUAUAAUCUCAAAAUCGACUUUCGUGUACUUGAGUUUUUGCUCUAAUAGUAUAGAUUUUAUCUCAAUAAUUGACCCAUUUUUUUGACAAUUUUUAUGUAAAAGUAAUGACUAGGAUUAUGAAGUGCAUUCCACAUGUUUUAUUUUAGCUAAAUCAUAUAAAAAAAUAGAUUGGAUCAAAAUUUGUUUUGUGUUAUGUGUAAUUGAAAUAUAAAAUUGUAUUUUAAUUAUUCUUUUGAUAUUUAAUGGGUAUAUAAAUGCAUGUUUUCAUGAUUUCUGCGUUUUAACGGUUUUUUCUUGAUACAUUAAAAACUCUAUUAACUGUUUCUAUGGGGACCAAAACUAUGAUUUUGCUUAAUAUUACCCAAUUCAAUUAUUAUUAUUGAAUUACACCUUUGUGCAUAUAAUAUUAUAGUUUUUAGAUACCUUUAAAAAUAUUAAAAUACUAAAAAUUACUAUUAAAUAUUUUAGUAAGUAUAUUCUUUAUAAAUUUAAUAUAUAUAUAUAUAAAUUUUUUUUUGCAUAUUUUGAGAAUUUGAAUAGACUAUUUUUAUGCAUAUUUUGUUAAUUUUUAGUGCAUUUGAUUCACAACCCAUAGUAAUAACUAUUAUUUUUCAUAGAAUAUAGAAAUAAAAAUAUAAUUAAUAACUAUGUUUACAUUAUUAAAGGUUGGUUUGAGAUGAAAUUUGAAUUUUAGAGAGUUAACAGCUCUUUAAAUAGUUAAUGAAUCUGUUUUAAUAUGUAAGUUAAAAAAACUGAAAAGGGUAAAAAUUGUUCGCUAAAUUAAAUAUUAAAUAAUAUCUUGUUAUAUAAAAAUCAUUAUUAUGUUAUAUUUUAUUUUAAUACAGUGGUGGUGAUAAAGACAAGAAAAAGAAGGGAUCCACCAAAAGACGGAGAGAUAGUGUUGUAUCAGGUGGAUCUGGUAGUGAUCGACCAGCAUCAAAGAAAGGACGUUCAGUAAGUAAUUUUUAUUCUUGUGUUAAUUAAACUGAUUAUUAAUAAUAAUAUGUUCAAUAAAUAAUGGUCUUUAGUCUACAAGUAAUAAGAAGGGACCGAUGUUAUCAUCUAAACAAAAAUUGAGAGUUGUAUCUAAGGCUACUAUAUCAACUAGUGAAGAUGAUAGUAGUGAUGGUGAAGUGAAAAAAAGAAUUUCUGGGCAGUUAGUAUAAUAUUUUAUUGUUAUUGUAAUAUAUUAUAAUUUUUUUUCAUAAUUAAUAAUUAAAUAUUUUUCCAGGAGUUCAAAGAAUAUUUCACGUUCAAGGUAAUUGUGAUUUGUUUUUAAGAAUGUGAUAACUUUUUUUUAUGUUAUUGAAAAAAUACUUAAAAUAAUAAUUUUGUUUUAUUUUAUUAUAAUUUUCAGUUCUGGAUCGCGUUCUGGAUCUGGAAGUCGAAAAUCCAGAAGUCUUUCAAGAUCUCGGUCUGGUUCACGUAUGUCUAGAUCUAAAUCUAGAAAUGUUUCUCACAGCCGUUCAAGAUCUAGAUCUCAUUCAGGUAGCCGUUCUCGUUCUGGAAGUCGUUCUAGGUCAGGAAGUCGUUCUCCUACUCGUAGUCGUUCAAGGUCAGAUAGAUCGGCUUCGGGUUCCAAAUCACGUUCACGAUCUCAUAGUAAAUCUAAGUCAGUAUCAAGAUCAAAGUCUGGUAGUCGUUCUGCUUCCAAUUCACCAGCUCAUUCAGGAAGUAGAUCUGCAUCAAAUUCGCCUGCAAGAUCCAAAUCUGGGAGCAGAUCUCCAUCAAGAUCCAGGUAAAUUUGUACUAUUUUUAAUAAUUGUUGAGAAAGUUUCUUUUGAAAAGAACUUUUUUAUCUUCAAGUUUUAUAUUGUAGUUAUGUUUAUCUACACAGGUUGCAACUCUCACUAUGUUGCCUUUUAAUAUUAAAGGUCAUUAUUAUGUAUGAGACAUAACUCAUGACCAUGUGUACAAUGUACUAGGUGAUCCAUAUAAGUACACUCAUUAUCUUGAAAGUGUUAACUUUUUCCAAAAUUUUAUUUCUAGAACAUUUAUGAAACAAGCUGCUCUACAAUUAUAUUUAUGUUAUUUUUUAGGAUAAAACUAUUACUUAGCUUUGAUUUUCAAAUGACCUAUAUUAAAAAGUCCAUGAAUAGAUGGAGUAUUAGUUUAAAUAAAUUUAAGUGUUGAAAUUUUGAUUUCUGUCAAGCCAUUGAUGAGAUAUUUCACUUUUAAAUUUGGUUGGAGGAGAGAAGUGUAGAGUAUUAUUUGUAUAGUGAUAUGGCGCACAGCGUAUUAAUAAUUCCAAAGAAAUUCCAAAAAAAGUUAAUACUUUCCUAAUAAUAGAUCACCUAGUACUGAUGUUUUUCAUAUACUCCACUGUUUUAUUAGUAACCUGAUGAUGGCGCAAAGCCGAAACUAAGAAUUUACUUUAUACUUUAAUGUCUUAGUUUGUAUCUUAAAAGGUUUAAAACAUAAACGAAAAUAUAUUGUUUAAUAAAUUAAAAUUAUUAUGGUUAAGUAUCUAUCAGUGCAGAUAGUCAUGAUUUUAAGUUAUAAAUUGACUUUCUUAAUUAUAUUUAUUACAAAACUACUAUAAAAAUUGAAAGAUAUUAGGCCUUUUGUGAUUGUGAUUAUUUUUAUAUUAAUUAGUUUCAAGCUAAUAUCAUGUAUAUUACUAAUCUUUAUAUCAUGAGAUACUGCAGGUUUUUUGUUGGUUUAAUUUAAAAAUUAAAAUGGAACAAAUCUAUUUAAUUUUUUCUUACAAUUUAUUAAAAUAAAUGUUAUAUAAGGUUGUUUUGAGUUUAACUUCAUCUUUGUUGCUAAAUCUUCAAAAUUCAUUAGUCCAGAAUCAUAAAUGACUUUUUAUGAUCGUGGUUUGAGGGUAAUAUUUGGUUCUUUUCCCUUCAAUUUUGUAAUGAAAGAAUUCACCAUCUCUAAUGUUUCACCUAAUUUCCCACCUUCACUUAGUUAUAAAUCAUGUGUGUAUUUUCUAAAAUUUAAUGUUAUUGAUAAUAUUAGGAUGUAUUAAUUUUAAUAUUUUCUUUUAUUUGACAUAGAUAUAUUUAAAUAUUUAUUAUAUUAAAUUAUAAUAAUUUGCUAGUAUUAUAAACUAUAAUACUUUAAUUGGUUUUUAAAUUAGUAAUAUUGUUAUUAUGGUUAUUUUCAGAAGCGGUUCGGGUUCUAGAUCAGGUUCAGCUUCACCAGCCACAUAA